AUGAUCAAGAUCGCUCUUCCAGCUCUCAUACUGCUUUGCGUUGCCAGUCUUAAUCAAGGUGUAAAGAAGAGAUGCAGGUUACCAAUUGCGGAAGGAAACUGCACCGACUACACCAGAGUUUGGGGCUACGAUAACUCAAGAAAUACUUGUGUGUCGUUCACCUACGGCGGUUGUGGAGGCAAUGCAAAUCGGUUCCGGUAUAAGAUUAAAUGCAUGACCGCCUGUGUUAAGCAUUAUAAAAAGAGGAAAGCGAGGAAGAGGUGGAGAAAGGCAAGGAAGAAAAUUUUCCAAUGUGUACGUAGACCAUAG